AUGGGUGAUGAGAGUAGGGAGAAGGGUGAUGAGAGAAGGGAGAAGGGAGAUGAGAGUAGGGAGAAGGGUGAUGAGAGUAGGGAGAAGGGUGAUGAGAGUAGGGAGAAGGGUGAUGAGAGUAGGGAGAAGGGUGAUGAGAGUAGGGAAAAGGGAGAUGAGAGUAGGGAAAAGGGUGAUGAGAGUAGGGAGAAGGGUGAUGAGAGAAUGUUAAGGGAGAAGUGUGAUGAGAGUAGGGAGAAGGGUGAUGAGAGUAGGGAGAAGGGUGAUGAGAGUAGGGAGAAGGGUGAUGAGAGAAGGGAGAAGGGUGAUGAGAGUAAGGAGAAGUGUGAUGAGAGUAGGGAGAAGGGUGAUGAGAGUAGGGAGAAGGGUGAUGAGAGUAGGGAGAAGGGUGAUGAGAGUAGGGAGAAGGGUGAUGAGAGUAGGGAAAAGGGAGAUGAGAGUAGGGAGAAGGGUGAUGAGAGUAGGGAGAAGGGUGAUGAGAGAAUGUUAAGGGGUGAUGAGAGCAAGGAGAAGUGUGAUGAGAGUAGGGAGAAGGGUGAUGAGAGUAGGGAGAAGGGUGAUAAGAGUAGGGAGAAGGGUGAUGAGAGAAGGGAGAAGGGUGAUGAGAGUAAGGAGAAGUGUGAUGAGAGUAGGGAGAAGGGUGAUGAGAGUAGGGAGAAGGGUGAUGAGAGUAGGGAGAAGGGUGAUGAGAGUAGGGAGAAGGGUGGUGAGAGUAGGGAGAAGGGUGAUGAGAGUAGGGAGAAGGGUGAUGAUAGUAGGGAGAAGGGUGAUGAGAGUAGGGAGAAGGGAGAUAAGAGUAGGGAGAAGGGUGAUGAGAAUAGGAAGAAGGGUGAUGAGAGGAGGGAGAAGGGAGAUGAGAGUAGGGAGAAGGGUGAUGAGAGUAGGGAGAAGGGUGAUGAGAGUAGGGAGAAGGGUGAUGAGAGUAGGGAUAAGGGUGAUAAGAGUAGGGAGAAGGGUGAUGAGAGUAGGGAGAAGGGAGAUGGGAGUAGGGAGAAGGGUGAUGAGAGUAGGGAGAAGGCAAUUUAG